AUGGCAUUGGAGAGUCCCCUGGUCCCUUCACCUAGAAAUAUCCUGUCGGCCUUCUCUCCUUAUACAAGCACCGACUUCUCUAUGUCUCCCAGGCCAGACUCUCCUCACACCAAUUCCCCGCGAUUUUCAUCGUUGUCUGCGCACAGCUCGGCAGGUUCAUCCAACCUAAGACCAAGUUCAAGGGACGGCUCUACCAAGCUCAACACCACAAAUAUGAACAGCCCAUUAGAUAUGGUCGGGCCAUCGCCGGUCACGUCGAAUGGCACGGAGACAACUGAGAUCGAGGAUGAGGUUGCCCCAGAGUUGAGGAGGCUCACUACCCACAUACCUGACUACUUUCGAACCGACAGAGAUGAAGACGAUGUCACUUCCGUCAUCCAUGCACCCGAAGGCUUUGGAUCAUUCGUUACGCAAACAAGUCCCAUCUCCCCUCCGCCGAUAACAACCGAUAUCAAACCCGUCGCCUAUGGCUUGGAAAAUGCAACGCCUCGAGCUAAAACACGGCAAGAGGUGGACGCCUUCGCGGGUAAAGGUGACCCUAUGUCACGGUCGGUCAGUAGGGCAAGUCUACAAGGAAUCCCCGAAGACCAAAGCGAGACUGACGUAGACGAAUCCGAGAUCACCUUGUUGAGCAAUUCCGCCCUGGAAACUAGCGCUUUAAAGACAGCUCUGAACGAAUGCUGGACUUUAUGCAAUACACUUGCCUCCCUCAGCUCUAUUCAUCGAGAGAGGAUAUUCAGUUAUUCGGGGACUGGAGCUCCACAUGAGAAGGCCUGGAAAUGCUGCUGGAAGCUGUGUCAGAAACUCUACGAUAGCAGAGACGAGGAUCACGAAUCCCAUGUCAGGCCCACACUUGACUUGUGCCGAGAUUUCUGUCAAGCAUUAUUUGAUGUUCGACAGAAAAAAGAUGAGAUUGCGGACAGUGUUCUCCGGGUAAGCUUUGAGCUCAAUAAUCACCUCUUCAAUACCCACGAUAGAAGUCUUCCCGAGGCAUUUCGAGAACGGACUUUAGACUUCUAUAUUACUCUCUGCCACCGGUUAAUGAAACAACGAAACGAGUUAGCCGAAGAGACAGACGCACUCCUCCGUGCGUGUUGGGGCUUAGCCGAGAUGCUUUUCAGCCUGCGCCAGAACAAAAGAGAAGGCAAAGCAGCAGACGAAGAGCUCCUCGGAUCUGCAGUACAGGCUUGUUGGGAGCUAUGUGAUCUUUUCCGAGAGGGGUGGACCCAAGUCCGACCUGAACGCGGCACCCCCAGGCCAUCUCAAACCACAUUCACACAAAUAUCAGAACAAAUCAGUCGCUCGGCUGUCAAUAAAGGCAAUCUCGCAAGCCUUCCAGAGAACCCCGAGCACCCCGACCAUGCUCGUACCCGCUAUCUUCCAGAGACACCAACGACAGAAUUCGAAGAUACCCCGAUCUCGCCAGAAGAUAAUUCUCCGAACAUACCCAACAUCCUCGUUCUCGGCACGGAAGGCAAUCGUGCUGCGACUGCACGAUGGUCAAGCACGACAUCGACGUUGAGUUCCUACUCGCAGGGCUCUGAGCGCAGCCAGAAAUCGACAAGCACGAUUACUUCAACGACAUCACCGGAAGACGUUAAUCUCACCCGACUAAAAAUUCUCAUCCUGAAAGCGGCGAUGAACGUCGGGUUUUCUCGCUCCACACCUACCACAGCAACACCAAACAAGGCAGAUCCACCAGCUUUACAAAUCUUUGUGAAAUCACUCCCGACAGGCUCGUUCGGUUCAUUACCCGCGCACGCCACCCUCCUAGCAUCAUAUCGAAACUUGGUACUGAGCGAUCCGACGUUCAGAAGCGCCAAUUCUCUUCCCCCGGUCGGCAGGAAAGCAACCGCAGUCGACGUGGCGAAGAGUGUGGGCUGGAUGAUGAAAAGUGGGCAAUACACCUUCCUAAAAGACCUCUUCAAACUGGUUUUCGGCUUCCCAGCCGAGGAAGCGGAGACGCGAAAAACCACAACCAUUAUUGUCUAA